AUGUCUGACCAGGAGACCGAGGACUUUGGAGCAGAAAGCCUCUUAGACAAGUCUAAGAUGAUUCCCAGCCUCCCACCGUAUGACAUGGAUGACCAGCUCCUCCCCAGGGAGCCACGGAGCACCUGGUGCUGCUGGGCAUGGGCCCUGGCGAUAGUCACCAUGAACUUCCUAGUCUUCUUCAUCAAUCUUCUCCUGCUGCUUGUCAUCUUCACAGUUGUCUUGCUCCCCACCAUUGUGGUGGUUUACUUUGGCUUCCAAUGCCACUCUCGGGUGCUGCACUCCACGGCCCGCUACUGCAAAACCGUCCUGGACGACAACAGCUCUUCUGCCCUCAUCAUCCUGGGCUUCGUCAUCAUGUCGCCUCUCAUCGUGGUGGCCAUGGCCACCUACUGCAGCCUGGCGAGGCGCCUCCGCCUCUUCAUGUGCUUUCAGCCCUGGAGCAGGGCUGUGUACAAGGGGGUGAAAUGGCGCUGGUACGAGGAGGGAGGCCUGUGUGGCUGUGCCAGGGGCUGGAACACCCAAGUCAAGGCCUGGGUAUGA